AUGGCCGACAGGAACGCCUUCAACUCCAACAUCCCGCUUCCUCCUCCGCUGCACACCAAUCGCGCAAACGAGAUGUUUAACCGCCCCAUCACGCCGGGCGCCAAUGCCUUCUUCUCGCCGCAGCAGACCCCAACCGGCAGCCCGAGCAAAAUCCACGCGCCGCCGGGCGCCUACGACCUGCCUGGCGUCUUCGACAAUGCGCUGAAGCUCCAGCCUACUGCCGGUUCUCCCAGUAAGAUUGGCCGUCCCUCCCCGCACUCGCCCACCAAAUCCGGCUUCCAGGACUAUCCCGAGGCACCGGGCACCCCGACCCGCAAAGCAAACAAGGAAAACACUCCGCCGAGUCGGCCGGGCCUGCAGCACAAGGAUAGCUACCCUACCCACGCCGCUGCCUCUCGUCAAGAGCCCUACCGCCCGUCUACCCGCGGUGGCUCUGUCGGCAAGAACGUGCAGCGCGGUCUUUCUCCAGAGGACAUUGAGAAGCUGCAGAAGCCUUCGGUGAAGCGAUUGGCCAACGUGACUCAGCUGUACUUCUUGGACUACUACUAUGACCUUCUCUCCUACGUCCACAACCGACAGAACCGCCUCGCGGCGUUCAAGGCUCAAUAUCCCCCUCCGCCUGAUACGCCCGAGGAGGAGUACAACGAGGUCCUGCACAAAUAUCUCGGACGCGAGCGUGCGAACUUGCGGAAGAGGCGCACCAGGUUGAGACACGGCGACUUCCAGAUCCUCACGCAGGUCGGUCAGGGAGGCUACGGGCAGGUUUAUCUCGCUCAGAAGAAGGACACGCGCGAAGUCUGCGCCCUGAAGGUCAUGAGCAAGAAGCUCUUGUUCAAGCUCGAUGAAGUCAGGCACAUUCUCACCGAGCGUGAUAUUCUGACGAAUGCGAAAAGCGAAUGGCUGGUUCGGCUACUCUAUGCUUUCCAGGAUGACAAGAGCAUCUACCUUGCAAUGGAAUACGUACCUGGCGGUGAUUUCCGGACUCUUCUUAACAACACCGGCGUCUUGCACAACCGUCACGCGCGCUUCUACGUCGCAGAGAUGUUCUCCUGUGUCGAUGCUUUGCACGUGCUGGGCUACAUUCACAGAGAUUUGAAGCCCGAAAACUUCCUCAUCGACAGCACCGGGCAUGUAAAGCUUACUGACUUUGGUCUUGCCGCUGGUAUGCUGGCACCAGCGAAGAUCGAGUCUAUGCGCAUCAAGCUUGAAUCUGUUGGCAAUUUCCCCGUGCCAUUUGGCCGUCCGGUUGAGGACCGAACGGCUGCCGAGAGACGAGACGGCUACCGCUCGUUGCGCGAACGCGAGGUCAACUAUGCCAAGAGUAUCGUAGGUAGUCCCGAUUACAUGGCGCCUGAGGUGCUAAAGGGCGAAGAGUAUGACUUCACCGUUGACUACUGGAGUCUUGGAUGCAUGCUGUUCGAAGCCCUGGCUGGUUACCCGCCUUUCGCCGGUGCUACUGUCGACGAGACUUGGCAGAACCUGAAGAACUGGAAGCGCGUCCUCAAGAAGCCCGUUUACGAGGAUCCGAGCUACUUCCUCAGCAAGCGGACGUGGGACCUAAUCAUCCGCCUGGUUGCGUCCAAGACGUCGCGCUUCCGCGGCAUCAGCGAAAUCCACUCCCACGCGUACUUCGCCGAGGUGGACUGGAACAACCUCCGUGAGCAAAAGGCACCUUUCGUGCCCGAGCUGGACAGCGAGACCGAUGCUGGCUACUUCGAUGACUUUGGCAGCGAAGCCGACAUGGCCAAGUACAAGGAAGUCCACGAGAAGCAGGCUCACUUGGAGAAUCUGGCAGACAGGGACGACAAGAUGGCCAAGAGCUUGUUCGUCGGUUUCACCUUCAGGCACCGCAAGCCCGCCGACGACGCCAGCAAGUCCGGGAGCCCUCGCAAGCCGCUGCAGACAGUCGAAGAAGAUUUCGGAACCAUCUUCUAG